CCUGGGGCCCUGGCAGGAGGACAGGAGGAGGAGCUUGGUCACUCAGGUACAGGUAAAGUGACGCGUUUGCUGUCAGUUUGGGGUCAGAAGCAAACAUUCGAAGCGUGACUGUGAACAUGAACGCGAUCUGGACCCUAGCUGUUUGUUUCAAAGUUGUGAGUUUUGCCGUUUCUGGUUGGACGCAGAAUUCAUCCAGUGCUACGUUGUAUCUGGUCUCAGGUCCAGAGGUGGUGCACGCUGGCACGCCGACUCCUCUGGCCAUCACCGUGUUCGGAGACUUCCCGGGCACGGUGACAGCUGAAUUGGGACGUGGAAGCACCAAAGUAUCGCUGACCGAAGACUUCCAAGAAGGUUUGACGAGUGUCCUCACGCUUCCUCCUAUUCCUGACUCCUUAACCCAGAAUUCCCUCUUAAACCUGACGGUGCGGGGCUACAAAGGAAACAGUGUCAUUUUCACCAACACCACCACCCUAACCUUCAGUCCCAGGAAUGUGUCCACCUUUAUCCAAACUGACAGAUCCCGCUACCAUCCAGGGGACGCAGUCAAAGUCAGAGCCGUGUGUGUUCAGCUGGAUAACCAUCCAUACAAGGACAGAGUGGAUCUCUCUGUACGGGAUCCCAGUGGGAAUAUCGUUGACAGGUGGGAGUCCACGCCCAAUCUGGGAAUCGUGUUGCGAGAAUUCCCUUUGUCCCAGACGGCUGCUCUUGGACGCUGGGCGAUCGCAGCUACUGUGAAUGGUGUGACUGACGAGAAGCAGUUUGUUGUGGAGCUUCAUGAGCGCCCACACUUUGACGUUCUGAUCAAGACGCCGUCACACAUCCUUGCUGGAGAUGACGUCUCAGGAUCAGUGAGAGCACUGUACCCUGGUGGACGACCCUUAGGUGGAACAUUAGUUGUUUCUCUGGAGUCUGCUAUGAGCAACACGACCUCUGCUAUGCAAACUAAAGAGUUCUACGGAUCAACACAGUUUUUCUUCAGCAAUGAUCAACUCCAGGCUCUGCAUACUUCAUCAGUUAGCAGUGACGGUCGUCCCACUGUGCACGUUACUGUCUCUGUUAACGACAGCACCACAGGGUUUAAAGUGAACAAAACCGUGAAAGUCCACCUGAUGCAGAAUGUAUUCCAGCUCACAUUCCACGAUUUUCCACCCAUGCUAAAGCCGUCGUUACACUUCUCUACAAACCUCAGGAUCUCAAGAUACGACAGGAAGCCGCUCAGCUCAGUGGAUCUAAAGCACUCUGCUGUGGUUCAAAUCAAUCAGAUAACGUCUGUGAAAAACGCAGAACCCACAGCUCUGAUACUUCCUGUGUCUGAGGACGGGGACGUCCGCAUCAGGUUUAAAUUACAGGCUCAAGUUGUGACGCUCUUUAUUCAGGCCAGAUUUCAGUCCAGUGAGGAGACUCUGAAGAUUUCCAACAACUUCUCCUCUCCGAGCGACUCGUAUGUUCAGAUCGCCCCCGGCAACACAUCUGCACAGAUUGGCUUGCCUCUGCAGAUAAAUGUAGAGAGCACCUUUAACCUGACCAAGCUUCACUUUGUGGUGAGCUCUAAAGGCCAGGUGGUAGCUGCUGGGACCCAAAACUCCUCGUCCUUCUCUCUGACCCCAGCGCUGUCCUGGGCCCCUGCGGCCUGUGUCACAGUUUACUGCAUCCUGUCUGACGGCGAGAUCAUCAGCGACGCAGCACAAAUAUCCAUCAGUCGAGACAGCUAUGUACAGGAUCUCGUUUUAUUAUAUUGCUCUAAUGAAUUCCCAACAGUAAUCCUCUUCAUCCUGUGCCGUACUCUGUGUGCGUGCUCCCCUCAGGUGUCAUUAAAGUGGAGCAGUGAAAGCGCCCAGCCAGGUGAGCAGGUAUCGCUGACUGUGACCGGUCUUGAAUCCAGGUCUCAGCUGGCAGUCACGGUAACGGGGACACACGAUGACGCCCUGCAGCCCGAUCUGAACUUUAAAGAGGAAGGGGACUGUGAUCUUCAGAUCCUGACCAAUACGAGAUUAUACAGGAAAAACCAGCCUGGACCUAAAAAUGAAGGACAUGCCCCAGAGGUGCACAAGGACUGGCACCACUGGAUGGAUGGUGCUGAAGCUUUGCUGUGGUUGAACACUAACGUUAGCAAUCGGACUUGGACAAGUGAGAAAAUACUCGUUCCAGAUGGCAUUACUGCUAUGGGAGCUUUAGCACUGGUGAUGUCGGAGAACCUGGGCUUGGUCUUCACUCCUGUGCUGCAAAAGCUGACUGUCUCCAAAGAUUUUUCCUUGUCUCUGGGCGCCCCAUCACUCCUCAUCAGAGGAGAGGAGAUUGUGUUGGAAGUGAAGAUCAUCAACCAUUUGGAGCAGGAGAUGGAUGUCAUCGUGCUGCUAGCACAGAGCAAGUCCUUUGAGUUUGUUCUGACACACCGAAAAGAUGCAUCUGUUAUCAAUGCUCAGAAAGUCACCGUGGAGAGUCACGGCUCUGCUUCAGCUCUGUUCCCUGUGAGGCCUUUGGCUCUGGGUGAGGUGGAGAUAUCUGUGGAUGCCGUGUCUGCAGAGGCCUCAGACAGUCUUGUUUGGAGAGUGAUGGUGAAGCCCGAGGGAGUUGAACAGUACUUCUCUCAGACGCUGUUCCUGGAGAUGGAACCGGAGAAACGGAACAAAUCCACAGCCCUCUCCUUCUCCUUCCCCCCAAAUGUGGUGCCCGGUAGUCAGAGGGCCCGUGUGGUACUGGCUGGCGAUAUCCUGGCUUUGUCCAUCAACAACUUGGGUUCACUGGUUCAGCUGCCGCUUGGAUGUGGGGAACAGAACAUGAUCCACUUUGCUCCAAGUGUAUAUGUUAUCCAGUACCUGGACACUUCAAACCAGGAUGACCAAGAGCUCAGGAGAAAGGCUCUAGCUUACAUGAUGGAAGGUUAUCAGAAACAGUUGUCCUACCAGAGAGAAGACGGUUCCUUCAGUGCUUUUGGAAACAGCGACACCUCUGGCAGCACAUGGCUGACGGCCUUUGUGCUGCGCUGCUUCCUCCAGGCUCAGCCCUACGUGAAGAUAGACCAGAGCGUCCUGGACAGGGCUGUGUCUUGGCUCUUAAAACGCCAGGGCCCCCAAGGAGAGUUCAGUGAGGUGGGCAGACUGAUCCACACCGAGAUGCAGGGAGGGCUGGAUAAGGGCCCGGUGGCGCUGACGGCUUAUGUCCUGAUUGCACUUAUGCAGGAUGAAAUCUACACAGAGAUACACGAAGCCAGUGUGUCUCUGGCCAGAAAGUACCUGGAGGACAAAGUGUCCAGUGAAGUGAUCAGUAACUACAGCCUGUGUCUGACGGCUUACGCUUUAGCUUUGGUCAACAGUCCCGUCUCUUUCACCGCACUGACUCAACUCGGCAAGAGAGCGGACUACAUCGAUGGAGUGAUGAUGUGGAGUUCGUCUGCAGGCCCGAGGUCACGUAACCAGAAGCUGCCCUCAGCACAGAUCGAGAUGGCCUCGUAUGUGCUGCUAGCUCACAUCAACCGUGGCUCACUCUUUGAUGGCAUUACACAAAUGAAGUGGUUAAGCACACAGAGAAACCAUCUAGGAGGCUACGGAACAACACAGGACACAGUAGUAGCUCUCCAGGCUCUGGCUUCCUACGCAGCGUUCAGCGGCGCCAAUGCCAUCAACCUCAUGGUCAGUGUGUCUUCUCCAGAAUCUUCAUCACUGUUUCGAAUCAACGCCACCAACUAUCGAACAUAUCAAAGUCAAGAGAUUCCUGCUGAAAACGAUCUGCAUCUAAAAAUAUCCAUGGAAGGCAGAGGCUUUGCCACAUUUCAGCUGAACGUCUUUUACCACUUGGAGAGGGAAACUUUUGCAGAGAACCACCAGCAAGCUGCGGACGAAGCUUUCUCAUUACGCAUCGAUGCUGCUGAUGGCAGCGACCGCAAUCACAUGAUGUUGUCUGUAUGCACAAGAUUAAAGGACAGUCAGCUGAUACCUCACACAGGUAUGGUUAUAUUGGAUGUAGGCCUGCUCAGCGGGUUCACACUCUCUCCUGAGGCUGCUGUCCAAUCAGCUGUUAUCAGGAAGGUGGAGACGGCACCUGAGAAAGUCAUCCUGUACCUGGAUUCACUCAACAAGUCAGAGGUUUGUAUCAACCUUCCCCUCGUCAGAAACUACAAAGUGGCCCGCGUGCACGACGCUGUGGCACGCGUUUACGACUACUAUGAGCCAACGAGAAACGCGAUGAGCACGUACAAUUCGCGAGGUCUGCUCGGCAUGGACUCCUGCUUCUUCUGUGGUGCAAACUGUGAUCUCUGCAGGCCUGGAAUCACCAUCACCAUGUCCGCUCAGUCGAUGGCUGCCUACAGCUUCAGCUGCCUGUUUCUCGGACUCACUGUUUUUCUUGUUUUAGUCGGUUAGAUGGACUUGGAGGCACACAUUCAUAUGUACUGGAUAUAUAUGUGUCUUUUAUACAAAACUCAUUUUGGCCUCAUUCUAUCCAGUGGACUGUUCCUUUGUUUAGUGCUCUCUGCUGUUAACAAUGUCUUCUUUUUUGUAAAGAUGUGAAUAUGAAAUGACUGGUGUUACAUUUCUUUUUAUCUAACACAUACUAUCUAAAACAGAUGCAUUUCCAUUUAAAGCUUCUUUAAAGCUACUAUGAUUCCAUAAGUUGAGAAAAAUGAACCAUUAAAUGAAGGAGCGCUGUAGCCGAUAGUAGCAAACAGAAAAAUUAAGGUGACGUUUUCCCUCAUUUGCACACAUGCCCUGUUGUGUCUCUGUUGGCAGGAAAUGCAGAUGUACUGAGCUGCCCAGAGUCAUAUAAAUGCUAAAAAGGAUUAUUGUACAGCUCUGCAGACUUCCAGCAAGUGUCUGACUUGUAGCUUUAAUGUUUUUAAUCCCUGUUGGUAUUCAGUUGAAUAACCUGCUGGAGUGAAGCAGAACUCACCUCACGGCGUUUGCAGAUACACUGAAAAGGGGGAAGUAACCAGGUUUGACGUUACUGAUGGAAUCAUUAAAAUAAUUGUUACUGUAUCUCAGAACAAAUUCAUGUUUAAGUUUGCAUAAACUCUCUAAUAAACUUUCUGCUUAUCUG